CACAUGUGCAAACGUAAACAUGAACUUCGAGGUUAGAAUCGACCUACCGCGUGGGAGACAUCUAGAGCGCAUGUCUAAAAGUCGCAACGUCUUAUCAUCAGGGAAAAGCAGCUGUAGAUCAUACACGUAAACGAAACACACGUGCGAUACUCUCUCGUGUUUCAUUUUCAAAUGUGAGGUUACAAUGACAAAUAUCAUCAGUUCUUUGUAAACAAAUUAUGGAAUCUUUACGAGAAUUGAGUCCGUUUUUGGACCCAAAAUCAAGAUUAGAUUUAAAGGCUGUCGCACUUCAACAUGUCUUAGGUGUUACCGGAACACCAGAAGGCAGAGAAUUGCUCCUAGGUAUUCCAGAAAUUUUAAGACAGUUGAUAUUACUGUUGCAAGAUGAAACUUCUGCAAUUGCAAAAGAUGCAUCGCUUGCUUUAAUCAAUCUUUCUGGCGAUGAGGAUGGAGCUAGUGCUUUAUUAAUUAUCUCUGAAUCAUCUAGGUGUACCGGUGAUGAUGAAAAGAGUGACAACUUAAUAUAUUUAUGUUUUAAGAACAUAGUGGAUAAGAAUAGCAAAUUAGCUGAUCCUUGCUGCAUGAUUUUAUCAAAUAUAACACGACCACAGAUGUUUGCUGACAGAAUCAUUAUUUUAGCAGAAAAAACAGGGAUAGCAUGGACUGCAUUAUUAAAUUCAUUUACAACCAAUAAUUAUAAUACUACAGGAGCAAAACUACAUUAUUUAGGACCAGUUUUUAGUAAUCUCAGUCAAACAAAGAAAAUGCAAAAAUAUUUGUUGGACAAAGAUCAAUUUGUAUUUCAACGAUUACUCCCCUUUGUUGAGUAUGAAGAGAGUAAUGUAAGGCGUGGUGGAAUUGUUGGAACGAUAAGGAAUUGUUGUUUUGAUGUUGAAAAUCAUGAAUGGCUUAUGAGUCCAGAUGUUGACAUUGUGACUUACUUAUUGUUACCUCUUGCUGGACCAGAAGAAUUUACAGAUGAGGAAAAUAAUAAGUUACCUAUAGAUUUACAAUAUUUGCCAGAAACUAAAAAGAGGGAGCGAGAUCCUGACAUCAGGAUUAUGUUGUUAGAAGCAUUAGGCCAAUUAUGUGCUGCAAAGGUAGGACGAGAAUAUCUCAGAGACAAUAAUGCUUAUGUUAUCCUCAGGGAAUUGCAUAAAUGGGAUAAAGACAAAGCUGUUUUAUUAGCUUGCGAAAACGUUGUUGACAUUUUGAUCAAAACUGAAGAAGAAAUAGGGCUUGACAAUUUGAAGGAAGUUGAAGUGCCAGAAGAAUACAAGGAAAAGUUCCACAAAAUGGACAAGGAUUACCUAGAAGAAGACAAUGAUGAGGACAAAGAGGAAGAAAAGAAAAAUGAAAAUAUAAAAGCUGUUGAACAGUAAAUAAACCAACUUUGUACAUAUUUUACAAUACUACGUCAACAAUUUUUUUAAUAAUUUAUGUAAAUAUACAACUGAAUUUCUUUUUACUUCACAGUAAGACAUUUGUAAGUUUUUUUAUAGUUAAAAUAUAAUAAUGUUAAUUAUCAUAAA